AUUAUUAGUAUUGCAAUUGAACAUAUUUUAUUUGAAUUACAUUGAAAAAUAAAUAUAUUGAAUAUCAAAAAUAAACUUAGUAGGUCCCAAAUCAGUAGGAUAUAAUUAACGCAUACCUGUUAAAAAUGAAUUCAUAACCUAUAAAUAUUACUUUGUAAAAUACUUAUUCAAUAUAGUUGACUAGGAAUAUUAUUUUAUACAUUACAUAUAUAGACUUUAGAUUCAUUUUAUUCGUAUAUUUAAUAAAUUGGUCUCAGUAAAUAAUUCAAAUGUACCGCGCACAAUAAAGCCACCAUUUUUCUCUAGUGAACAAAAGAAAAAAAAACUAAUCAAGAGUGAUUAAAAACUAACUUAAGAAACCAUCAAGUUCGUGAAAUUUUCACUUAUAGUCGAUACAAUCAUAGGCAACCAAAAGAGCUCAUCUAUUAUUAUACGAUUCUAAUUAAUUAAAUUCCUUAAGUGACGUGGGAAAAUAAUCUGAUUUUUUUUUCACAAGUACAUCAAAAUAUAAUCUUUUAAAUAAAAAUUAAAAAAGUGAGGCUCAAGGUGGAGAGUUGUAGAUGCUAAACUACCGUAAGUCAUUUAUGAAAAAUAGAACUCAGUUAAGUAAUCGAGUUAAGAAUCGACUGCAUCUCUAAAUUAUGAUGAACGAACUCUCAAUGUUACCAGGUGUGAUUUUUUAGACGUGAAAUUUUCAUUAUGCAAGGAAGGUUAUACUAUAUCUUGAUGUUGCUACCCGUGAAAUAUAUUCCUGACCUCUAACCUCAGAUAAUAGAUACGUAAUAAUAAAAAUUAAAAUGAUCACAACUCAUACUUCUUGAUAACUCCUUUUUUUUUAAAUUGAUGUAAUUUUUGAAAGAUCAACUUUCACGAUUGAAAAUAAUGAGUGUAUCUAAAGGAUUACGAUUGUUUGCCCUUCGAAUGAGUUCUGUUAAAGAGCAAUUAUUUUCUCCAAAACAUCUAGUAUACACAAAUGUCGGUAUUUCUAUGUCACUCUCUGCUGUAGGAGAUGUUUUAGAGCAACAUUACGAAAUUUUAAAGAAUGAAUGGAGUGGUUGGUGCCCAAAACGAACUGCUCAUAUGACAAUAUCUGGAAUGUCCGUUGGACUUUUCUGUCAUUAUUGGUAUAAAAUUUUGGACGCAAAGCUCCCCGGAAAAACUGUUAAGAUUGUUUUGAAAAAAGUGGCCGUAGAUCAACUUAUUUGUUCUCCAAUUUAUAUAGGAAUAUUUUUUCUCACAUUAGCUUUUUUAGAACAAAGAAACUGGUCGGAGUUGAAAAUUGAAGUUACAAAUAAAGCUCACAAAUUAUACAUAGCUGAAUGGAUCGUUUGGCCACCUGCUCAAAUUAUCAAUUUUUAUUUUUUACCUUCAAGAUUUAGAGUUCUUUAUGAUAGUACUAUUUCUUUGGGUUAUGAUAUUUACACCAGUCAAGUUAAACAUAAACAUUAGGGAUUGUAUAUUGUUCGUAUAAAUGAUUUAGAUAAAUUGACAUAAAAAUUAAAUUUUCAAAAAAUAUUUAAUGAUACAGAAACGAUAAUCAUGCUGGCGAGAUAACACAGACUUAAAAAUAAACACAUUGAAAUUCAUAAAUUGAGUACAUUCAAAUUUUUUUCGUAACAUAGCAUGUUCUGGGUAAAUACGAUGUAUACCACUGCGGCAAUGCAAUACCAACAAAAGUGUAGUGGAACCACUGAGUUGGAUGCUUAUACAAAAUUUGAAAAUUCACAUAUACAUUAUCAUCUUUAAAGCCUGGAGCGAAAAAUUAUUCUUUUUCAACCGUGGGUACCACAACGUGUGCCUAACAGAGGUUACACGAAACGCAAAAUCGCAUCAAAAGUAAUAGCAUGUAGCGACACGUAUAAAUAAACGAACGACAGAUAAAAGUUACGUUCGAAGUAUGGAGGGUAGAGGUACCUCUACCCUCCAUAGGUACGGCCGAGCCUUAAGUUAUUGCCGUAUUCUGAAGCCAACUUAAAGGGGAGUAUUAUUCAGCUAAGCUUGCCAGAAACUUUCUCGUUAAGUAAGCCGAAAAUGUUUCACUGCAGAACUUGCUGAGUAAGGUGUGGCUAUCAGGAAGGCUGCCAUCAACUUCUGGAAAUGCCAAAUUUUUGCGGCCAACUUGGUGACAAGUUGCUGCAGUAGGUUGCCGCUAACUUGCUGCCAGCUUUGCUAUGUACUGGGUUACCAAAAUCGGAGCUGACGCCACCUCCUGGACAGUAGGCAGUUCGUUGUCACGCGGGACCAAUUUUGAAUUUGAAAUCAAUAAAUUAAUUUAUUGAUGGCGAUGGUGGUGAUGAUUAUCAUGAUUAGUAUAAUUGUUAUGAUAACUAUUUGAUGAAAUAACGGGUAAGGGUUAAUAUAAUUGAUGAAAUAACUUUUACCUGAAGACUGAGUUUUAUUAUUAAGUAUUUAUAAGAUUUGAACGGUAACAACAGUUGUGCUAGCUGCAAGUCUACGUUCUUUACUUAUCCAUUCUACGACCCACACGAAAAAAAAUAUAUCCCGGCAAAAUAGUAUUUAUCCGGCUUAUAUCUUUAGUAUUGUCGUACAUAUGCUAUUUUGGCGACAGAUGUUACCGGAUAUAUCUUUUUCCGUGUGAGGAGUUUACUUACUGCUUGUAUUUUAUAAUUCUCUGAAUACAAUAUAAUGAUUGAUUCAUCUAUU